UGUUUAUAACAGGAAGUAACAAACCGGAAGUAACAACCUGGGUGCAUUCUACUUGCACUUUCCGUAUAAAACACAGGCAGGAACAACACGCGUGAAGUCGGGCUGUUAUACAUGGUGCAUCACACCAAUGGCAAUAGUACAAGGCAACAGACAGGUGUUAAUUUAGAAGAACCACAAUGCUGACAGAGGAUUCGAGUCAGAAUGAUGAUGUAGGAGAAAGGGACAAGAAACGGAAAUCUCUACAAUGUUGGUCAUGCCGGGGAUAUGGACACCGAGCUGGUGACAGAAAAUGUCCCAAAUUCAUCAGCGAUGCAACACAGACAGAUCGCUUUAGAUGGAGCCAUGAAGACCCAAUGAGGAAGUACAUAGAAGACAGAAAACGAAGACAAAAAGAAGAAAGAAUUCAACAGCUGAAGGAUUUGAUUGAACAGACAUCAUCAUCAUCAGACUCUUCUGAUUUAGAUGAAGGAACGAAAUCAUCCAAGAAGAAAAAACAUCACAAAACUCACAGGAAGAAGAAAGUGAAAAGAUUGAAAUCCUCUCAUGUCAGUGUAGACUAUGACAAGGAAAGAAAGGACUUCAAGGGCCGGAUAGCUGAUAGGGGAUCUGAUUAUAGUCACGAUAGGAAAAGAAAAAUUAAGCACAAUAAUGACACUGAUGAGAGAAAAAAGAACCACAAACAUGUUAGUGACACUGAUCAUAGAAAAAAGAACCACAAACAUGUUAGUGACACUGAUCAUAGAAAAAAGAGACACAAACAGAAUAGUGAUCCUGAUGAAAGAAGGAAAAAACACAAGAAUAAACAUUACAAGGAAAAGAAGAAAGGAGAGAAUGGCAAAGUGAAAAAACAUCACAAGGCCAAACAUAAAAGGGAAUAAAGAAAUUAAAUUAAAAUGUAUAAUAUCA